AUGAAAUAUUUAGCAAUUCUUCUUCUUAUUCUGGUGUUGACAAAUGCAAAAAACAUUAGGGUGCAAAAGAAACAUAAAGAAACUACAAAUGUUAAAAAUUUGGUUGAACUAGAGUAAGGAUAGGUGUAUUUUAAUCUAGUUCCAAAUUUGUAGGAGAAGCAUAAGAUCUGAGUGGCAAUGUCGGAGUUAUUUCAGUAACAGAAGAAGCAAAUAAUGAUUUUGUGAAAUAGAACAAUAUAAAGAAAGCUGAAACAAAAGAAAGAAAUGCAGUAAUGAAUGCAAUCAAGAAAUCAUAAUCACAUAAAUCACUUAUUUAAGUUAGUGACAAUGAGGUAUAUGUAGAGGAGACAUUGGAUUAAACUCCAAAGAAGGAAAUAAACUUUGCAGAUUUAUUUACAAAUGAUGGUUCAUCACCAGAUAUGGGCAAAUAAGCAUUAAUUGAAGAUAGUCCAAGUCCUCCAAUGGCUUAAAUGCCUUAAGAUGAAAAUAUGGAAUAUGUGAGAGCUAUUGAUAAAUUUGAUUUAAUAGAUGAAAAUGGAUAACCAUUAGAAUUGUUACCUGAAGAAUAGAGUCUUUUAGAAAUGAAACAAUUUGAAAGCAGAUUUACAUAAGGGGAAACUCCUUAAAUGGAAGUAGCCCCUGCUUGGGAUUUAGAAAGUGCUUAUGAAAAGACUCCAGGAUAAAGUGAAUUAUCACCAGAAGAAUUGUAAAGAUAAACUCAAUAGAUGGUUGAUAGUUUGUAAGGAGAAUUAGAAAAUGAAGAUAUAUGAUCAAGUUAAAAAUAUAUAUAUAUACAAUAUUAAUAAUUA